AAAGCCUCUUGCGCUGCGAGUAUAAAGCCUCCACGGGGCUGAUGCAAUACUGGAGAUACCGAAGGAGCAUCACUGACGGAAACCAGAUAAAGCUGCUCACGGCGACCUGAAAAACACGUUUUUGGCCAGAUCGCUGAUUCUAAUUCUAGUCAAUAGGUAACUGAGUAUGCCAGUCGUCAGAGCCCUUAGUAAGGUGGCGAAGCAGGCCCUGCUGGCCCCUGCGUGUGGAUGUCAGCCCGUGACGGUGGCGAUACGCAACAUCAGCUUUUCCCCGCGUCAGGUCACCUCCGGAUCUGAUGCCAGCUUUCAUUCUGUGUCCUUCUCUGAGACGGACCACCCCAAAGUUCUCAUCACAGGCGGCCUCGGGCAACUAGGUGUUGGGCUCGCUAAACUCUUAAGGAAGCGAUUUGGAAAAAACAACGUGAUCCUCUCAGAUAUCAGGAAACCACCAAGCAACGUCUUUCACAGUGGACCCUUCAUCUACUCUGACAUUCUGGACUACAAGAACUUGCGAGAGAUCGUAGUAAAUAACAGGAUCACCUGGUUAGUGCAUUACAGUGCUCUUCUAAGUGCCGUCGGGGAAUCGAAUGUGGCACUGGCACGAGCAGUCAACAUCACAGGACUACACAACAUUCUAGACAUUGCAGCAGAACACGGGCUUCGGCUCUUUGUGCCCAGCACCAUUGGUGCCUUUGGACCGACUUCACCUCGAAACCCCACACCUGACCUCUGUGUGCAGAGACCACGUACCAUAUAUGGCGUCUCUAAAGUCCAUGCGGAGCUCAUGGGGGAGUACUACCACCACCGCUAUGGCCUUGACUUCCGCUGUCUGCGGUAUCCCGGCAUCAUCUCUGCAGACUCGCAGCCCGGCGGUGGCACGACAGACUAUGCCGUGCAGAUUUUCCACGACGCCGUCAAGACCGGCAAGUUUGAGUGCAACCUGAAGCCAGAUACACGGCUGCCCAUGAUGUACAUUGACGACUGUUUGCGGGCCACGCUGGAGGUGAUGGAGGCGCCGGCGGAAACGCUCAGUAUGCGCACCUACAACAUCAAUGCCAUGAGCUUCACUCCAGAGGAACUUGCAAACGAGGUCCAGAAACAGCUGCCCGACCUUCAGGUCACGUAUGAGAUCGACUCUGUACGACAGGCUAUAGCUGACAGCUGGCCCAUGAACUUUGAUGACUCAAACGCCCGCAAUGACUGGAGCUGGAAGCACGACUACGAUCUGCCGGAGUUAGUCCAGACGAUGCUCAACUUCAUCGGCUCAGACUCCCGCAUCGCUCAGGCCAACUGAGUCUGCUCAUGGACAAUGGAAAUAUGUACAUAUUACAAAGAUUUAUAGUGAUGCAGAAGAGAGAUCCAUGGUCUGUAAAUAAUCAUAUUCCUGUUCUCUUUUGUGUCUGCUGUAUGGACUAGCACAGGUUAUGUAUGUAUAACUGCAGAUUACACAAAGAGGUCUGGUCUCUUUUCUAGUCAGGGUUGAAAACCGCACAGGUAUUUUGAAAGCUAAAUGUUGGAAAAUGAGAAAAGGAAUUGGUUUAAACCCAAUGUGAUCCGCUUGUGCUUUGCAUUUAGUGAGAUAGGAUCAUUAUGUCUCCAGGAAACGUAAACCAAACAGAUAUGAAAAUCCAAAAAUGAAUGUCGCAGCUCCUAAAACUUGCCUUCCCAAAUUCAGCUCUCUUUCUGAGUUUCUUUUCUCUCUCUCUUUUUUUUUUUUUUUCUUUUUCUAUUUAAGAUAAAUAAUUUUACUGUACCUUUGCAGAAGAACAUAAUAUAUGAGGGAAAAGGCCAUGUUCACACUAAUGGGAAUAAAAGUAAUAGGAAUAGUUCCAGCAGCUGCAGCCCAUUCUAAAAUAAACAGACAAAAGAUUGUGUGGUUUGAACAGGGUGGGACUCAAAUGCAGGUCCUCAGGGAAAGUGGGGUCGUCAUGAUAAAUGACAUUAUCAUAUCCCUCUUGGUUGCUUUCCCUCUCUUGUGCACUAUCUAUUUAUUCAGACUGCUCACAAAUAAAUUGCAAGUUUCGCACUUGCUCCACACUUUUUGUUAAAUGCAAUUUCUCUCACAUCUUGCAUUUGCCCAUAAAUGUUUUCCCACAGGGAAUAUAUUAUCCCAUAUGAAGGGGAGAGUGGGAAACAACUUUAAAUUAUUAUUUUUUAGUCAAGCUUUGCAUCAACAUGUUUUGUUCUUAUGAUCACGAAACUUGUCAAUAAAGCUUUUUUAUCUUUAA